CGGCGCUUCGGCGUCCUCCCUACGUCUCCCCCACGGCGGCAGUGGUCCCGUCCUUCCGCUAGGCGUCUCGGAAAGACCAGAGUUUAUCCAGGCGGUUAAAAGCACCGAAGCAGCUGCCGGAGCCGCGAGAGAACUGGGAGGAGUCGCCGCCGUCGCCGUUCGCUGCCUCGGCGUAUAGCGUUUUGGGAAAAGCGACCCGAGCCUCUCCCGCCGCCAGCAGCGUCAGGACCACCCGGCUCGCCAGGCAAAGUUCUGUUGAUUUGUGACCAUGCGUGAAUACAGUGAAAGCAAGGAGACAUGUAUGACCAUCUGUCUCAAAUACCUGCUAUUCAUCUUCAACUUCUUCUUCUGGCUGGCAGGCGGAGCUGUGAUGGCAGUGGGCAUCUGGACCCUGGCUGAGAAGAGUGACUACAUUAGUCUCUUGCAGUCCAAUAUAUACCUGGCAACAGCUUACAUCCUGGUGGUGGCAGGUGCUGUUGUCAUGAUUACUGGCAUAUUGGGUUGCUGUGCAACCUUCAGGGAACAACGGAGCCUGCUGAAAGUGUAUUUCAUACUACUGCUCUGCAUCUUCCUGCUUGAGAUAAUUGCUGGAAUCCUGGCCUGUGUCUAUUACCAGCAGCUGAACAACGAGCUGAAGGAAAAUCUGAGAACAACGAUAAUCAAGAAGUAUAGGAAGGCAGGAGAAGAGAGUGUGACUAAUGCGGUGGACAAGCUUCAGCAGGAGUUUAAGUGCUGCGGCAGUCAUAAUUAUACAGACUGGAGAGAAAGCUAUUGGUUCGGAGUUGAAACGGAAGGAAGGAAGGUCCCGGAUAGCUGCUGUAAGACGAUGACCCAUGCAUGUGGUAAAAGAGAUCAUCCUUCAAAUAUCUACAAAGAGGGUGGCUGUAUCACUAAGCUGGGGAACUUCAUUCAGGAACACUUGAUAAUUAUUGGAGCAGUGGGACUCAGCAUUGCAUUUGUACAGAUAUUUGGGAUGUGCUUUACUUGCUGUCUGUAUAAUAGCUUGAAGUUGGAGCCUUACUAAGAGCUCAUGGAUCACCCACCUAUUCAAUUCCUCCACUUUCCAGCCUGUCACCCUGACCAUCUCUACAGCAGCACAGAACUAUCAACUUUUCCAGGACUUUGCUGCUUCAAGGAAUUUAUUCUGGGAUCAUCCACUGCCUCUGCCAGAAAUAAUAGUCCUCCUUGAGUCAAUAAGGAGGGAAUUCAGUGCUUAGCUAAGUCAUUUCUCUCUCUCUCUCACUCCAAUGCAAUGGAGGUAUAGAAUGCAUUCUGGUUGAAUUCUUUACGAGCACACAAUCUGAAUGAGAUCCUCAGAGCUCCCAAGGACAUGGUGCCUUUGUCUUUUCUCAAACCAUCAGUCAAGGUCUUUGAGCUCCGAGAUAUGACAACUAAACAUUGUGUGCGUGCAGUAGAUGCUUCUUCCCUUUCCUAAAUACAGUGUCUAUAUGGAAGUUUUCAUGACAUCUUACCCAAGAGGAUAGCUCUAUCUGUCAAAAGAUACUCCUACUGGAAAAAAUUUUCUCCUAAUCGCCUUACAGGAUGGAUGAAUAAGGUACCCUGCAUAUUUUUCCCUUCAAGGAAUAUUUUUGUCCUGGAGAAGAAUAUGUGUUUCUCAAACCAAGUGAACUUAUUUUGUUCAUGCGAUUAGAAAUUUUGGACUUAAAAAAUAAGAAUCAAAACUGAUUUCUUGCUUGAGGAAGGGUGUUGAGAUAAUCCCACUUUGUGGUAUGCAUUAGUAACUCUUCAUAGAAUUAGAUCCAUUUCCAGAAUGAUAUCUCUUUUCAUUGGGGAAAAUAUAUAUAUUAUCAAGUUUGAAGAUUGAUAUGAAAGUCUCAUUUACCAGCCAGGUAUGAUCUGAUAGGAAGAGAUCCAAACUUUUGAUCACCUUACGCUAUGAGUGAAAUUCAUUAACAAAAAAAUGUUGAGGACAUGGUGCCUUUCUAAAAAGUGAUCCUUAAAAAUUGAUCAGCAAAGCAAAAAAGUGAUCAAUACCUCUUUGCUGCCAUCACAAUACUCCAUCUGGUGCUGUUGAGGAGGCUGACCAGGCACUGGCUCCCAUCACUGGAUUUAUUAGAUUUCCCAAGAAUUCAUCCACAUGGAGAAUUCCUAGAGAAGAUGCCUAUCCUUUAUAAUUCUCCAGGGUCCACUUGGUAUAUCCAUUGCUAGAACAUUUCUUGCCCCUUCCUACAUCCCAUUUUGGGUUUCAGGUAUAAAGGUCUUUAGUUAAUGCUCGUUUAUUCCUCAUCCACAGCAAUGGGAAUUCGACUGUGCUUUUUAAAUUGUUCACUAUGGAUUGUUGUUCCUACCAUCCUUGGCCACUAGCCUUGCCAUUUGGGUUUUAUGGGAGAUGCAGUCCAUAGUCCUAGUGGGCCACCAGAUUGCCUAUGCCUGGUUAACAGACUACUUGCCUGUAAGGUCUGAUGCUUUGGAGCCUACCAGGGAAACUGGUGCGUGAUUUACUUGGAGGCUGUUAGUAUCAUUUUCCAAUUCCCCCCUCUCUUCCCUUAUUGGUUCUUUUGACAGAAUUGGCAGCGAGGGAAGUCACAUGAUCUGAAACAUUUCCCCCCAGCCAGGACCAAUCCACUUUGAGUGACCAUAUUCCCUACCCCACCACAUUCAUUCAUUCUCACCGCAUUCAUUCAUUCAUUCUCACCGCAUUCAUUCAUUCAUUCUUUCUCUCAGAGAAAGGAAAGGUGGAGGAAAGUAUUUUUUUUAAAAUCUCUCUCUCUCUCUUCUUUCUCUCCCCUUUUGUAGAACCUUACUGCAAACACCUAACAUUAACUCACACUGUUCUGAAACACCCAUGUUGUUGUUUUGAGUCCAAGAGAUGAAUGUUCAGAAGGCAAAUGGGAAGAUGAGAAGGCAGAUCAUCAUCUGUGUAAAUGUUCACACAGGAGUGGGGGGAAAACUAUUAUCACUGUAAAGGUUGACAGGUCUUAAAUUAUUGACAGAAAUUCAUUUCUAGAAUUAGGGGUGAAUUAUUUCUUGAAUAUGACAUGGUGUGUUCCUUGAGAAAUGGGUUAUUAACUAAACUACUGCUAUGAUAGCUUGAAAUGACGUUUGACUACUGAAAUGUACCCGCACAUUGGCUAGCUUUCUUUUCCCCUUCUUUCUGGGAGUCAUAUAGUGCCAUGGUAUAAGCAGACCAGAUAUGCUGAUUGGUAAGCUGUGUCUGCUCUUUUUUAAAGAUAUAUAUAUAUGUAUAUAUUAACCAUGCUUAAAUGCAGUUACGUUGCUGGCCAAUAAAGUUAAAUGUGUCUUUA